UACUAAUCCCAGCACCUCCAAACAUGGCUCUAACUUCUUUACUUAGUUUCUUCAUUGUAGUUACGCUUCUCAUCCGUGGCCUGUCUGCUCAGCUUGCAGGUGAACAAGACUUUUAUUGGCAAGACCUCCAGAGUCAGCAACAACACAAGCUCCAGGCCCGGACGGAUUGCCGGGUCGAGAGACUCACGGCGCAAGAACCCACCAUCCGGUUUGAGUCCGAGGCCGGGCUCACCGAGUUCUGGGACAGGAAUAAUCAGCAGUUCGAAUGCGCCGGAGUUGCUGCUGUCAGGAACGUUAUUCAGCCCAGAGGCCUGUUGCUGCCGCACUAUAACAAUGCACCUCAACUUCUUUACGUAGUCCGAGGGAGGGGAAUUCAGGGAACGGUGAUUCCGGGAUGCGCCGAGACAUUCGAAAGGGAUACCCAACCGAGACAGGAUCGAAGGAGAAGGUUUAUGGAUCGGCACCAGAAGGUUCGGCAAUUCAGGCAGGGCGACAUUCUCGCUUUGCCGGCUGGUUUAACUCUCUGGUUUUACAACAAUGGAGGGGAGCCACUUAUUACUGUUGCACUUCUCGACACCGGCAACGCAGCCAACCAGCUUGAUCAGACAUUCAGGCACUUCUUUCUCGCUGGAAACCCGCAAGGCGGAAGACAAAGUUACUUUGGCCGGCCGCAGACGGAGAAACAACAAGGUGGAACCAACAACAUUUUCAAUGGAUUUGACGAUGAAAUUCUGGCAGAUGCUUUCGGUGUAGAUGUACAAACUGCGAGGAGAUUGAAAGGGCAGGACGAUCUGAGAGGUCGUAUUGUGCGAGCCGAGAGGCUUGACAUUGUCUUGCCGGGUGAAGAAGAGGAGGAAAGGUGGGAGAGAGAUCCAUACUCUGGAGCAAAUGGCUUGGAAGAGACCUUGUGCACGGCCAAGUUGAGGGAGAACUUAGACGAGCCCGCACGGGCCGACGUUUACAACCCGCACGGCGGCCGCAUCAGCUCCCUCAACAGCCUAACGCUCCCUGUUCUCAGCUGGCUCCGUCUUAGUGCCGAGAAAGGAGUCCUUUACAGGAAUGGCCUGGUGGCGCCGCAUUGGAACCUUAACGCGCACUCCAUAAUCUACAUAACACGAGGUAGCGGUAGAUUCCAGGUGGUCGGCCAUACCGGCCGGUCAGUGUUUGACGGCGUGGUGAGGGAAGGGCAGCUGAUAAUAGUGCCACAAAACUACGUGGUGGCGAAGAGGGCAAGCCAAGAUGAGGGCUUGGAGUGGAUCUCAUUCAAGACCAACGACAACGCGAUGACAAGCCAACUCGCCGGGCGGCUCUCCGCCAUCCGGGCGAUGCCAGAGGAGGUAGUCAUGACUGCGUAUCAGGUUUCCAGGGACGAAGCCCGGAGGCUGAAGUAUAACAGGGAGGAAUCCAGGGUGUUUAGUUCCACAUCCAGGUACAGCUGGCCGAGAUCCUCCAGGCCGAUGUCGUAUAUGCCUAAGCCCUUUGAAUAUGCUCUGGAUGUGAUCAAGUCUAUGAUGUAAGGAAAUGUGUAUGUAUUAGACAAGUAAAUUGUGGCCAGUGUCGGAAUAAUAGAGGGGCGUGCCCUUCUAUUUGCAGUAGAAGCUUGUACGUUGCGGAUCCAAUGUGGUUUUCUUCGUGAGAGUUAAUAAAACCAGUGUUCCAAUCUAA